UUAAUAAACUGGCAAAUUCGAAACGCCUGACAAUAAGCGACGUGGCCGUCAUAAACAACAAUUGGAGAUAUUCUGCAUUUCGUCAGAUCUUUAAAGUUUACCCACCGAUAAAAAUAUUUACUUCUAUAUAGUACAAAAUAAUGCGCUAGUAUCAAUAUUUUUUGUUCCACUCUAGGGGUUGCUACGUGCACGACUGUAGCGCCCUCAUUUAUUUUCAUGACAGACUUCUUCACUUCCGUUUUUUACUUUUGGUUUGACAGUUGUUGGUUGAGCUUUCCGUUUUUCAUGGUUUUCCCAAACCCAAACAAAAUACCUUCUUCUGCUGUCCAAAGAGUAUAAUAAGUAUAGCGAGAAUGCUGUCAGCGGGCAGUAGAGAAUCAUAAACCGAACUGAAUUCAGAAUAAAAAUGUAACCAAAAGUCAAACUAAAUAUAUAAAACCGUUUAGUAAAAUUGUGUGUUUUUUAUAGAGUUCAGAUAUAAAUUUAGUUUUGAACCAUGUCUCCGAAGGGUUCUUUUGAAAAUCAGUAUGAAGAUUAUUCACCAGAGGUUGCAUCCAAUAUCAUAAAUGAAUCCCGAGAUGGGAUAUCAGAAAAGUUUCAUACAAAAUUGCAAAAGUUUAAAACUGAAAAAUUGCAAUAUCUAAAGGCUGAAAUGGGACAUGAUAUAUUCUAUGAUGGUACAGUGUACACUGGAUCAGCGGGCCUUGCAUUAUUUUACUUAAUGAGCUCUUUAAAACAUGAUUCCAAUCAUGAAAUGCUGCAGGCUGCUUUGGAAUAUAUAGACCUUGAUAAACUGAAGGGCCGUAGGAUUAGCUUCUUGUGUGGAGAUGCUGGACCACUCGCCAUUGCUGCUGUGAUUUCAUACAAACUUGAUGCUCAACGUAUUGACCACAAGCUACCAGACUAUAACACUUUAGCACUUAGACUCAUAUCUCUAAUUUCUUUGCUAAAUGAAUCUCCUGAUGAGCUGUUAUAUGGAAAGUCUGGAUAUCUAUAUGCACUGCUGUUUGUGAACAAACAUAUUUCUGUUAAGGAUAUAAUACCUGUGAAUCAUAUAGCAAAGGUUGUUGAUAGCAUAAUUAAGACCGGAAAGUGUUAUUCUAUAGCAACGAAAUCUGACAGCCCCUUGUUAUGGAACUGGCAUGAUAAAGUGUAUUUUGGAGCAGCUCACGGUAUGGCUGGGAUACUGUACAUGUUGUUACAGGCCCGAGCAUAUAUUAACAUAAAAGAAAUGCGCAAUUACGUUAAACCAACAUUAGACUGGUUAAUGAAUCAGCGCUUUCAAAGUGGCAAUUUUCCGUCGUCCAUGGGCAGUACCUCGGGAGACAAACUAGUACAAUGGUGUCAUGGCGCUCCUGGAUUUGUACCUUUGUGCCUUUUAGCCUACCAGAUUUUUGAUGAAGACAAAUAUUUGAAAAUAGCUCAGCAGUGUGGAGAUGUUAUAUGGCAAAGAGGCUUAUGCACAAAGGGAUACAGUAUAUGUCAUGGUGUGAGUGGAAAUGCAUACGCAUUUAUACAAUUAUACCAGGCUACAAAGAAACCCGAAUAUCUCUACCGAGCCUGUUGCUUUAUGGAGUGGUGUGCUGUUGCACGCUUAGGCACAGAACUGCAUCACCCGGAUAGACCAGCGUCAUUGUUUGAAGGAUUAAUGGGCCGGGUUUAUUUAGCUGAAGAGAUGACUCACGUUUUAGAGGCAAAGUUCCCAGCAUUUACUUUGUAGAUUUAAUUUUAUUUAAUUAAAUAAUAAUAUUUCAUUGUAAAAAUA